AUGACUGAAAUUUCACCACCUGAGGCUAGAGCUGGCUUCAAAACUCGACUUCAUGCCACCCUGUAUAUUCAGGAACACACCAACAAUAAUGGCUUCCGUGCAACCAUCAAGGAUUCUAGGCCGAAAUGGGUACAAUUCAAAUGUUAUCUAGGACCGACUCGACACAAGGAGACAACUUCAAAUGCGAAUACCAAAACGUGUGAAUUUCUUGUCACCACUAAACUCGAUUCUUCAAAAGGAACUUGGUAUUUUACAAUUCAAAACGCAAAUCACAAUCAUGAAGCUGAUUUCAAUAUACACAAGCAUGAUCUUUCAAUUAUACAUGACGCCAUCCGCCUAGAAGAAGAAAAAAAACUUCAAAACAACAUAACACCUCAAAUUCAUUCAGGACAACUCCUUAUACCUCAUAUCCAAUCAGCACAACCAACAACUUCUGCGAUCCCAACAACUUCUGUGAUUCCAACAACUUCUGCGAUCCCAACAACUUCUGUGAUUCCAACAACUUCUGCGAUCCCAACCACUUCUGCGAUCACUACCCCGCUGCUUAUACUUCAAUACCAAGCUCUGCAGCAGCAAAUGCAAGCUCUGCCGAUCCAGUCUCAAGCCUUUCUACUGACUCGGUUCCUUUCCGAAUGCCAGCUUGCUGCUGGACUCGCUGGCACAGCCUCAACUACGAUUGUCACACCUCUCCCUCCUAAUCCUCUCUCCGAAAUCUUGAAUACCACAUCCCAAGCUUCAACAACUCCAAACGCUUCAAAUCGAUCUAAUGAUGAAGACACACAAGAUUUGCAAUCUUUGAACAAGUCACCCAUCAGAUCUAUUCCGGAACAAAGCUUGCAUAAUACCAAGAAUCGAGAAAGCCCAGACUCGAAAAGUGAAGAAUCGAAUGGAAACAAUGACCAGGACCAGGAGCCGCAAAUUUUGGAAGAGGAAGAAGGACAUCAUUUUUUGACCGAAGAAGAAAACCCUGAAGAGAAAAGCUUCAGCUUCGGAGGCCCCAAAGCCGACACACGAUAA